UGCUUUGACGGGGCACACGCCUGGUCGGUGUUGAAACUCUGCUAGGAAUCUGAUUUCCGUGGUGUGAUGGUUUGAGAGUUUAGACAGAGACAGAAAGAGAGAGAGAGAGAGAGCUGCUGGAAACAAGCUGAAAUCCUCGCAGAAGGAUAAAGUUCGCCAGUUCAUGAUUUUCACGCAGUCGAACGAGAAAACAGCGCUGAAUUGUUUGGCUCAGAAUGACUGGAAACUAGAGGUGGCCACAGACAACUUCUUCCAGAAUCCUGAGCUUUACAUACAGAAUCUGAAAGGACUGUUCGACAGGAAAAAGCUAGAGCAGCUCUACAAUCGGUACAGAGAUCCUCACGAUGACAAUAAGAUCGGUAUAGACGGCAUUCAGCAGUUCUGUGACGAUCUCGGUCUCGACCCAGCCAGUAUAAGCGUCCUCCUAAUAGCGUGGAAGUUUCGCGCCGCGACACAGUGCGAGUUCUCCAAGCAAGAAUUCAUGGACGGGAUGACUGAACAAGGAUGUGACAGCAUAGAGAAGCUUAAAGCACAGUUGCCAAAAAUGGAGCAGGAGUUAAAAGACCAAGGCAAAUUUAAAGACUUCUAUCAGUUUACUUUCAACUUUGCAAAGAAUCCCGGACAGAAAGGCUUGGAUUUAGAAAUGGCAAUUGCCUACUGGAAUUUAGUAUUGGCAGGGCGUUUCAAAUUCCUCGACCUGUGGAACAAAUUUUUAGUGGAGCACCAUAAGAGAUCCAUUCCCAAAGACACCUGGAACCUCUUGUUAGACUUCAGCACCAUGAUAACCGACGACAUGUCCAACUACGACGAGGAAGGAGCGUGGCCAGUCCUUAUCGACGAUUUCGUCGAGUUCGCUCGGCCGUACAUCGGGACAAAAAGCACGGCAGUCUAGGGGACUUCACCGUCCCGACCUCAUGCACACCUCCACCUUGUGGAGGACUGAACUGAGAUCUACAUUGCCUUUUCCGACCCUCAGGAUCAAGACGCUCAUGUACAGCAAAGACAUUUCAGAGACGCGUCUCCUCUUCGUCAUCUAGCGGUGGUUUGGGCUUUUUUUUUUUUUUUUUUCUUUUCUCCUCCCCAAUUUUUCAAUUUGGAUAUGUGUGCCACGUCUGUGUCAACUGAAUCUGGAUCAAGCUCUAGGACUUCAUCAUGUUUUUUUUUUUUUUUUUUUUCUUCUUCUUCUUCUUCCCCCUCUCCCCACCUUCACCCGGGCAGGAGCAAAAUCACAACAGAGACGCCAUCUUCAUCCCUAGCCAGGGCGUGGGUUGGGGAACCUCAACCUUAAAUCUGAAUUUUAGCACUCCACAUUCGUUCCUGCGUUGAAUCUUUUUUUUUUUUUUUCCUCAUUGGUGUUU